AGUGCGGACUACAGUAUUAGAAAUGGCUUCAAAGGCGCAGGUCGAAAGUUGGACCGGGAAGGUAACUUGCCCCAUCUGCUUGCAUCGUUUCACCGAUCCGGUGUCACUGCCGUGUCAGCACAAUUUCUGCCGCUCGUGUAUCACACGGAUUUGGGAGAGGAAGGAGAGAAACUCCUGCCCGGAGUGUAGAGAGGAUUUUGCGGACCGGACCCUCAGGAUAAACUGGGCCUUAAGAAAACUAUCUGAGAAAAGUCGUAAACGACGUUUGAAUUCUAAUGAGAAAGAAAGUAAACUUCACUGCGAGGAACAUGAUGAAGAACUGAAGCUGUUCUGCGAAACGGACAAGACGUUGAUCUGUGUGAUCUGUACAGUUUCCCGGGAACACAAAAAACACCGUUUCCUGCCGAUUAAAGAUGCUGUUGAAAACUACAAGGAGACAGUUAAAUCUGCCUUACAAAGUCUUAUGAGAAGGCAACAAAUCAUCGAAAAAAUGGAGCAGCAACAGAAACAAAAAAUGUCUGGAAUUUGGGAACAGUCACACAGCCUUCAGUCCCACAUCACAUCACAGUUUGCUGAACUGCAUCAGAUUCUCACCGAGAAAGAACAGCAGCUACUCAGAGGUCUCAGGGAAGAAGAAGCGAGGAUUCUAAAUCCAAUGGAGAAAAAUCUUCGAGAGAUUCAAAAGAAUUUAAAUUCUAUCCGGGAGGAGAUCUCAAGGUUACAGGAACAGAUGGAUCAAAAAGAUCACGUGCAGUUUCUGAAGGAGGAAUCUCGUCGGAAGAGGAGGAUUGGCCACAAAUUCGAACCAGUGUUUGUGUCAGAAGAUGCCCUUUCGUUUGAAAAUUUCGAUCAUCCCUUAUUGUACACAGCGUGGAGAGCAUUGGCUGAUGGAAUUAAGCAAGUUUCUGUGACCCUGGAUGUGGAAACGGCCGGUCCGAAGCUUGAAGUACUCCCAGAUUUAAAGAGUGUGCGAUGGACCGGGUAUCGGAGGGAUCUCCCUGACACCGGAAAGAGGUUUACAAGUCGGUCUUACGUGCUGGGAUCGGACGGAUUCACAUCGGGCAGGCAUUACUGGGAGGUGGAUGCGGCAGAGUGUCAGCACUGGGGGCUGGGAGUCGCCGCAGAGUCUGUGGAGAGGAAAGGAGACAUCAAGCUGAUGACUGAGAAAGGAUUCUGGAUUAUCUGGAGAGGGCGUGAAGGGUUUUAUAUUCCCACCUCACCCCCAUCCCGUUUCCCUGCCGGUCCCAUCCCCGGGAGGGUGGGAGUUUAUCUCAGUUACGAGUCCGGGACAGUUUCAUUUUACAACGCGGAGACCAAGUCCCAUCUCCACACUUACUCUGGGAAUAAAUUCACGGAAAAACUUUAUCCUUUUUUUUGGACCGGGGAUGAAAACUGGCUGAGAAUCUGCCCCGGUUCCACUCCAGGACCGGAAGUGCCGGCAGUUAACAUGGCUUCUAAAGACCAAGUCGUGAGUUUAACCGAGGAAGCAAUUUGUCCCAUCUGUCUGGAUUUCUUCAUCGAUCCAGUGUCACUGGAGUGCGGACACAACUUCUGCCGGCACUGCAUCACUCAGUGUUGGAAAAGUGCGCAGCGAAACUCCUGCCCGGAGUGUAGAGCGCAAUUUGCAGACCACACACUCCGGUCAAGUUGGGCCUUAGCAAGUCUGGCUGAUAAGGUUCGAAGGCUAAGCCUGAGUCUGAAAGAGAAGGAAAAUAAACACCAAUGCAAGGAACACGAGGAAGAACUGAAGCUAUUUUGUGAGACGGACCAGAAACUGAUCUGUGUGAUCUGCGCGAUUGCGCGGGAACACAAGGCUCACAACCUCUUGCCGGUUGAAGAAGCCGCUGAAAUCUACAAGGUUAAGAUUAAGUCUUCCUUAGACUCUUACAUGAAAUAUAAAGCUAUAAUCCAGGAAAUGGAGGAAGAGCAGACACGGAAGAUUUCUGAAUUUUGGGGCCUAUCACACAGCAUUCAGUCCCACAUCAAGUCCCAGUUUGCUAAACUGCACCAGAUUCUCACCGAGAAAGAGCAACGCUUACUCCGAGAUCUCACGGAAGAAGAGGAGAGGAUUCUGAAUCCAAUGGAGAAAAGCCUUCGAGAGAUUCACGAGAAUUUGAGUUCUAUUGAGGAGGAAAUCGCAAGGUUACAGAAACAGAUGGAUCAAAAUGACAGUGUGACAAUUCUGAAGGAGGAGGCUCGCCGGAAGACAAGGGUUAAUAAGGAUACACCGGUGUUUCCAGUGGUAGAAGGCGCCCUUUGUGCGAAGACAUUGUCCACAGUGUGGAGAGGAAUUGUUGAUGCUGUUACACAAGUCUCUGUCGCCCUGGAUGUGGAAACAGCGGCUGUGGAGCUCGGCGUGUCUGACGAUCAGAAAAGUGCAAGUUGUGCCAGGACCCUGAGGAGUCUUCCGGACACUGGGAAAGGGAUCACAAAUGGGCCUUGUGAGCUGGGACGGGAGGGAUUCACAUCGGGCAGACAUUACUGGGAGGUGGAGGUGGCGGGGAAUCAGGGCUGGUGUUUGGGAGUCACCACAGAGUCCCCGGAGAGGAGCGCAGACAUCAAACUAAUACCAAAGAAUGGGUUCUGGACCAUCUGGCAGCGGGAUGAUGAAUUUUAUGUUUUCACCUCCCCUCCAUCCCGUCUCCCUGCUAAUACCAUCCCCGGGAGGGUGGGGGUUUAUCUCAGUUACGAGUCCGGGACAGUUUCGUUUUACAGCGCAGAGACCAACUCCCAUCUCCACACCUUCACUGGGAAUAAAUUCACGGGGAGGCUCUAUCCUUUCUUCUGGACUUGGGAUGGAAACCAGUGGCUGAGAAUGGGAGCAGAAAAUAAACUGCAGUAGCAUUGGGACCAUCUGAGUGUUCCUCACCCAGCCUUUCUAUCUGCUGCCCAUCACCUGAACACUCCCCACCACCCUCCAUGCUCCACUGUCCUGUCAGAUUUCAUCAUCUUCGGCCCUCUCUCACUGCCCCCUCUCACCUCCCAGCUUCUGACAUCCUUUCCACACUGCAGUCCUCACUCAUCUGUCUCACAUCCCUUACCUGAAUCCACCUGUCACCGGCCAGCUCUUUCUUCACCUUUCUUUUCUGGUGAUCUCCCCUCUUUUUUUUCAGUCCAGAUAAGAGGUCCUGGCUUGAAACGCUGACUGUCCAUUUCCCUCCAUGGAUGUGGGGAGUUUCUGCAGGUUUUGUUUGUGUGUUGCUGGGAUUGUAGGUCAUGGUGCAGAUUAUUGACUCCACACGCUGACCAUUCCGUGACUGACUGACUUGCUUCAGCCAGUUUCCAGCACCUGCAGUCCCUUGAGUCUGAAAAAACCAAAUAACAGAGAGAUGAUAAGAUCAAAUGAGGGUAUGGAGGGGGAAGGGAUAGGAAAAGUGAACUGAGGGGAAAACAUUUUUAUAAGCCAAAAUAAAUGUUCUUCAUAAUAAAAAUAUUUACA